AUGGCAAAUCUACUCGCAUUCCUUUGUCCAAGUGUCCUUCAUGCUGUCAUGUUUGUCGCAUUAGGGACGCUGGUCUUCCUAUCUAUUCCUACACCGACCGUUCAACCGAUCCCUUCAGCCUACCGCUUCCGUGAUUAUGCGCUUGCCAAGACCAGCCAGUUCUUCACCCAUGCUGCUCGAUUUGCACUUGUGGUGCUAUUGCCACUUGGUAUUCAAGUUCUCGAGUUGGUUCAGACCUUUCUCAGCUCGUCGCUUCCAGAUUCAGAAGAAACAGCAUUUGAAGAGCAAUUCAAGUAUCUCAUUGUCACAUCAUCCUUGUUGAGCGAGUUUCCAUCAUUGACCGGAACCACCUCCACCACGCUUGCAUCCACGCAGCUUCAUCAUCACCAUCAUCAUCCUAGUUCUUCAUCCCGUGAAAACAUCCUUACCCAGGGCUUGAUGAUCACCUUUGUAUCAACGUUACUCUUGAGUCUGAUUGGAUAUCAAAUUGUACCGGUUUAUGUGCUUGGCAUUUCGAUGGUGACCAUUCACGGCGCUGUAUACUCUGUGCUUCGGCGAUAUCAGCGUCGUUGCAAGAUCAGGUCAAUACACAGCACAGCACUCGGAUUACUACGUGAUUUGGUCAUUGAAUGUGAACAAUCGGAUGCCAUGGUGAUGCGUAUCAUUGAUCAAUCUCGGCAACUGAAUGCUAUUCACCAAGGCGACACACUCGCACCACCAAAUGAUAUCUCAUCAGCCUCUUCACCUACAACACCUGUCACAGCAUCUUCUUCGCGACGUGUAGCGGAUACUCGACGUGCUUUGACUCAUAUCUUUAAUUCACAAUGGGCUCAUUGGGUGUCUGCACUACGUCGACUCGAAUCAUUUUCACAUCAGGGCAAUUUAUCACGUUUCCGCGACAUGUACAACAUCAUACCCGUUGCUCACCAACAAAAUGGCUCCACGGAGGAACAAAUGCAUGUGAUACAUUGGAAACGCCGUGAAUGUUUGGUUCAUUUACUCGCACUCGAUGUCAUGACACUGGAACACGACUCUGAUCGUUUGGAUUACGAAUCGCAUUGGGAAGUCGUUAUCAAGGUUAUGGGAAAUCUCGUGGAUGAGUACAAAAGGCAUGUUCCUACCUUGCGUGAACAUUUGAUUUCAUCUACAGAAGUGUACGAGGAUGACGAUGAACGACCAACACGACCUGCUGAUCCAAGAGUAAAUGUCUUGUUACACCAGUACGCUGCUUUCGAAAAACACGUGCGUAACAUCCAGUCCAAGCUCUUGCUGUGCCGCCAAGACACUCAAUGCAACCAACAAAACCAAAGCCUCGAGCGUAUUGGUGAUCGAUUAAGUAUGAUUGAGCAGGACAUCACUCAAAUGCUUACGCAAUGGGAGGAAACCACCGAGGCCUACCGUAAACUUUCCACCGCUUCUCAUGCACUACCAUCACCUCCUUCGUCACCUGCCGGAAGCAACAACAGCAAUAAACCUUUUAUGAGGCGAUCCAUGCUCACUGCAGCAGCCGUUGCAUGCUUUCUGGAAAACAAACGAUCACGUGAAAAGCCUUUACAUUCCACCACGCCAUCACCACCACCACCAUCCUCUUCGUCUUGUUAA